CCCCACGUCAUGGCGUGUCUCAACAACCGCCUGUCAUACGCCUCCUGGCGUCUCAGGGUAUUCCGGCAGCUCUUCCGCCCUAAUGGCUCCCACCCGGCCCUAUACCACUCCAAGUCGACCUCCCGCAAUGGAACACCACUUUCCGAUGUGCUAGAAUUCUUCGAGGAUGAAGAGGAGGUGAAGAGGAGGAGGAGGAUGUACCCCUCUCGCCGACCCUCCGAAUCCCUCCCCCAAUCCCCCCUAAUCACCAACCCCCGUCCUGGCUACGACAAGCUCCAUAAGAAGAAACGCCGCCCCGAUCCCACAGAAUCCAACAUCCACUUGAACCCUUGGGCCCAGGCCCUAGCCUCGCCGGUCCGCGCAUGCAAAGUAACCGGAGUCCGAAUGCCGCGUGCUCUCCUCUCAGAAUGGGGAUCCAUCAAACGACCUGAUGUCCCAGACAAGCUCUGGCUUCUCCCCGUGGGCCUAAUGAAAGACAAAUUCCCAAUCGAGACCGUCCUCUCCAAAAAGAGCGCCAGCAAGGCCACUAACAACAACCCGAACUCUGUCCGUCACCUCACCCUCCGGAUUGUCGACCGACUCCCUCUCCUCCGCACAAUCACAGACGCAUACUGGGGCACGAAGCACGCACGAAAUCGCUCGCCGCUCGCAAAACUCAUCCCGCAUCGGUGGAAGCACCCGGCAGGACCGAUGACACCUCGCGACGAGGGUCAGCUUACGUGGCGGGAGGAUAUGCCUGAAUUUGCGCUGCGGAUGAUGCGGCAGAAUGUGCUGAAGGUGCUGAAGAAGGCGUCAGAUGAGUCGUCGACGCAGCCUGAAAAGCGGAAGGUGUGGACGGACAUUCCGAUGAAGCAGUAUGGGCGGAGUUAUCUGUCGCGACGGACAUUCUCGAUGGAGCCGUUCGAUCGGAUGGAAUGUAGUGCCGUGUUGGUGCUAAAUCGGAGGAAGGCGAAGCCCGGGAGAAUCACGGGCUUGUAUCCCAGGAUGCCGAAUGAGGUUUUUGUGUCCUGGGAGAAGAAGACGGCCCCUGUGUUUGAUCUCACGGUUAUGUUAUCCGACGAGGAGCUGCAGGAGCUGAAGGCGCACCAUCCCCGGUUUGAGAAUACGGCGUUGCUGUUCCGGCCGGAUAAUAAGGCGACGAUCGAUGCGAUGCUGGCUUUGUGGAAGCUGAGGGGGUUUAUUCGAGAUGAUCGUGUGCUGGAACCGCCGCCGCUGGCAUAUAACCUGAAGAGCAUAUGGAGGAGUAGGUACCUCCUCUGAGAAUACUGCACAGUCAUUGUAUAUGUAUGUAUGUAUGUACGUUCUAUGAUACCUCGAAGA